AUGUCUGCACCGGUCGAAAUCCAGGCGGCUACCCUUGACAAAUUCAUUGCAGGAUGGAAGGAAUUCACUCCCGAAUCUUGGAUGGCGACAUGGUCUGGAGAUUGCACCCAAAAGAUGUUACCUUUAUCACUGGGAGUACCGGCGAGAUCGAGAACCGAAGUCUUAGGCAUUUUACCGAAGCUCAUGAGUAUCCUGAAAAACUAUAAACUAGAUAUCUACGAGAUUGUACACGAUGCUCCCAGGAGUAAGGCGGUCAUAUAUGCAACCUCUUACGCCGAUACGCCUUUUGGAGAUUUCAAAUGGACGAAUGAAUACGCUGUUUUUAUCACUUUUACUGAGAAUGGGACGCAGGUUAAGAGAUUUGAAGAGAUGGUUGAUACAGCAUUCUAUCAGCAAUUCUUUCCCAAGUUCCAGCAAUACAUGAAGGAACAAGGAGCCACUGCUCACUAUCGAUCCUCGACUCGAAGUGGCAAUCUUCGAAUAAUGGCUGUUUACGCAGUUCUUGGCUCUACUGGCAACUGUGGUACAGCUCUUAUUCAAAAUCUUCUAAAGCAGCCGGGUGCCAAAAUCAAUGCCUAUUGUCGAAAUAGAUCUAAGCUCCUGCGACUUAUUCCUGAAGUGGAAAAUAGUACACAGGUGGAGAUUUUUGAAGGUAGCAUUCAGAAUGAGGAGCUACUCAAAAUUUGUUUGAAGGGGUGUCAUGCCGUUUUCCUGGUCGUUUCUACCAACGACAAUAUUCCAGGAUGCCAUUUAAGCCAAGAUACAGCAAUCAGCGUCAUCCAUGCCCUCGAGAGCCUCAAGCAAGCAGAAAUUAUGAAGCUGCCUAAACUCGUUCUCCUCUCCUCAGCAACCAUUGACGACCACUUCUCACGCCAUUUACCUUGGAUGUUACGGCAAAUCUUGCUUCGUUCUGCAUCCCACGUCUACAACGACCUGAGAGAGACCGAGAAGCUUCUUCGGUCCCAGGAGGAUUGGUUGACAACUAUCUAUAUCAAACCGGGAGCACUAUCUGUGGAUAAGGAACGGGGCCAUGCGUUGAGCUUCACAGAUGAAGGAAGCCCUCUUUCGUAUAUGGAUUUGGCGGCUGCUAUGGCCGAGGCAGCUGACGAUGAGGAGGGACGGGACUCCGAUGUGCAUUCUGACAGGGCUUUUGAGGCAUUUCUUUCCUUUUAUGCAUCCGUAUUUGCCGACAAUGGGGCCUUGGGACUACACAGUCAGCUUGGUGUGGAGGAAUGA